GCACGACUCUAUCAAUAAUCACCUGGGUGCUGGUUCGGACUGCAAUUUCGGAGAAGUUAGUUUAGUCGGACCGACCGACCGACCGAACGACACACACCUAUUCUUUCAAGAUAUUCAUUUUCUGAAUUCUUCAAAGCGUUUAUGUUUGUUAAUUGUGAAACACUUCUUCAUCAAUUGAUUGUCACUUUUCAUCUGCCUCUCCUCUCAUCUUUCGUAAUAGGUAGGUAUAAACAUUCUCUCACUCUUCUCUUUUCAAUCCACAGUUUUGUUUCAAAUUCCUCUGCCUCCCUCUGUUGUUAUUCAUUCAUUGAACUCUGUAUAGCUUUUGUUCAGAGAGAGGAGAGUAGACAGACACAGAAUGAAGUUUUAAGGAUCGUUUACAGGCUAGGAAAUUCUAGGGUUUGGGUGGUGAAUUGUGAUUUUUGAAGUGGAGACGAUUGAUUUGAUUGCGUGGUGAUGACGUGUGUAUUGAAUGAUGAGGACGAGGGUGGGGAGGUGCCGGUGUUGAAGCUGAGGGAUGGGGAUUCCAAUGGGGACUAUUAUGUCGAACUGAAAGGAUCAGAAGAGGGUUUUCGCGGAGGGGCCCAAUGUUCGUCUUCUGGAGUGAUGAUCAACAGUAGAUGGUGGUGGUGUCUUUGGUGGUGGGCGAAGCUCGUGUUGGUGUUCACAUUCUUGGGGGUUUUGGCCGCUGUUUUCCUCAUAUGGGUCGCACCCUUCGUCAUGGAUAAGGAGAUCAUUCCUAUAAUAAAUUGGGAGACGGCAACAUUUAGUACACCAGUGCUAGCGCUUCUAUUGUUUGCUUCUGUGGCAUUUUUCCCUGCCCUACUUUUGCCAUCUACACCCGCUAUGUGGGUGGCAGGAAUGACUUUUGGAUAUGGGAUUGGAUUUCUACUUAUUAUUGGAGGUGUGACCAUUGGCAUAUCGCUUCCAUAUUUCAUUGGUUUUCUGUUCCAUCAUAAAAUUCAAGAUUUGUUAAAAAGAUAUCCAAAUAAAGCAUCCAUCAUAAGAUUAGCUGGUGAAGGUGAUUGGUUUAAUCAGUUUCGAGCUGUCACAUUAAUCAGGAUCUCUCCUUUCCCAUACAUCAUAUACAACUACUGUGCUGUGGCGACCAAUGUCAAGUACAGUCCAUACUUGUUAGGGUCACUGGUGGGAGUGGUGCCAGAAAUUUUUUUGGCUAUAUACACUGGUAUCCUGAUACAAACUUUGGCUGAUGCUUCUCAUGAUCAGCAUUCCCUUUCAGCAGCGCAGAUAAUUUGCAAUGUUUUUGGUUUUUGCCUAACUGUGGCUACCACGGUGAUAGUUACAGUAUAUGCAAAAGGGCGGCUGAAGGAAUUACAGGAAAAAGAAGAGCUAUUACUGCUGUAAGCUUUUCUAUCAUUCUUCUUUUGGUCAUGGCAGGAAAUCAUCUGCUUGCCACCAAGUCAGUUUCGAUUUGCACAUAUGAUGGGGAUGCAUUGGUGUAUGGGGUUUAUUUAUUGAUCUGCUACAUCCUUGGAAGAUUGAUGGACAAUUGUACUCUUCAAUCUAUUCAUUUUGAAGAGUACAAUUGUUGGUGAAUCUCUCUCUCUCUCUCUCUCUCUCUCU